GCAGCCGAGGCGCUCCUCGCCUCCACACAGCCCGUCUCCAGGAGCAUGUCCCCAGACACGCAGCCGCGGUGCGAUGAAGUGGACCGAGAGACGCCACCAGCAUGACCGCAUGAAAGCAGUGGCCAUGGCUAUUAACCAUGAAGCUGGAGCCUAACAUUCCCAUCGCUUCCCUCGGUCAGAAAGAGCCUCGCCGGCGCUACAUCGAACACACGCUCGCCGAAAUAUGCCACCCGAGUGCGAGCGGGCCCGACGGACUGCUUAGCACCUGCUGUGCCAUCUGAGUAGGCGGUGGCAAACGAAAAAGACCAAAUGCCAUGGACGUAUUCAAUUUCACCUACUGGAACGCCUCCGAAGGCAACGGCACGGACGCGGCGGGCGAGAGCGAGAGCGCCUACAAGACCGUGGAGGUGGUGUUCAUCGUGUUGGUGGCCGGCUCCCUCAGCUUGGUCACGGUCAUUGGGAAUAUCCUGGUCAUGCUUUCCAUCAAAGUCAACAGGAACCUACAGACCGUCAACAACUACUUUUUGUUCAGCCUCGCGUGCGCCGACCUGAUUAUCGGACUGUGCUCCAUGAACUUGUACACGGUCUACAUAGUGAUAGGCUACUGGCCCCUGGGGCCGGUGGUGUGCGAUCUGUGGCUCGCCCUGGACUAUGUCGUCAGCAACGCGUCCGUCAUGAACCUCCUCAUCAUAAGCUUCGACAGGUACUUCUGCGUCACCAAGCCCCUCAGCUACCCCGUCAAACGGACCACCAAGAUGGCAGGCAUGAUGAUUGCGGCGGCCUGGGUCCUGUCUUUCGUCCUCUGGGCGCCGGCCAUUCUCUUCUGGCAGUUCAUCGUCGGCGGGCGGACGGUUCCCGAGAGGGAGUGCUACAUCCAGUUCUUCUCCAACGCUGCCGUCACGUUUGGCACCGCCAUCGCCGCCUUUUACCUGCCCGUCAUCAUCAUGAUCCAGCUCUACUGGCAGAUCUCCAGGGCGAGCAAGAGCCGCGUGAAGAAGGACCCCCGCAAACCGUCGGGAGCCAACCCGGAGCCCCUGUCGCCCGUCCAGAGGAGGAACAACACGCCCAAACCUAGCAACAACAACGUGCCCGGGGAGGACGCCGGGCAUUCCCAGAGCCAGAGCGCCGACGCCGGGGCCAACGAGCACGACGGGAAACUGCAAAACGGCAAGGGCCCCUCGUCAAACGCCGAGGGAGAAGCCGAAGGCGACGACGCAGCGAGGGAGAACUGUGCGGCCGGGGAAGAGAAGGAGAGCUCCAACGACUCCACGUCUGGCAGCGCGGCUGCGUCCAACCAGAAGGAAGAGGAGACGGUGCCGUCCGCCGCCAACUCCAGCCUCGGGACGAGUCAGCCGCCGGCGCGUCAGCGCGCCAAGGCGGGCGCCUCCAAGCUGACCUGCAUCAAGAUCAAGACGAAGUCGCCCAAGGGCGACUGCUACACGCCGUCCAACGCCACCGUCGAGAUCGUGCCGGCGUCGGAGCGGCAGAACCAAGUGGCGCGGAAGAUCGUGAAGAUGACCAAGCAGCCGCCCGUCAAGAAGAAGAAGGGGCCGCCGUCGCGGGAGAAGAAGGUCACCCGCACCAUAAUGGCCAUCCUGGUCGCCUUCGUGGCCACCUGGACUCCGUACAACGUGAUGGUGCUCAUCAACACCUUCUGCUCCAGCUGCAUCCCCAACACGGUGUGGACUAUCGGUUACUGGCUGUGCUACAUCAACAGCACCAUCAACCCGGCCUGCUACGCCCUGUGCAAUGUCACGUUCAAGAAGACAUUCAAGCACCUGCUCCUCUGCCAAUAUAAGAACAUCAGAUCGGCCAGAUAGACACGGAAGAGCCUGAAGUACGAGUGUCUGUGCGCGCGUGUGUGUGUGUGUGUGUGUGUGUGUGUGUGUGUGUGUGUGUGUGUGUGUGUGUGUGUGUGCCGUCCAUGUUUAUGUUUAUGUGCGUGUGAAAGACGUUUGUGUGCAUGGUAGAGGACCGUAAGAGUAUAUUUGAAAUGACUGUCCAUUCAUUUUACUAUAAUUUUUCAGAUUUUCUCUCAAUAACCGCUUGCAGCACUCGACACCGGUUGCGUUGAGGUGCGCUGUGCAGAAGCAGGAAGGUUGUGGAAGAUUCGGUGGAGUUUUAAACUAAAAAAAAGAACCAAAUCAAGCUUGUGUAUAGCGGAGAGCACUUCAGAGUGACACUGAGUGAAAGGACAAAAUAUAUUUUAAAAAAGCGGAACAAGAUCUAUGCCGUACAAAAAACAAGACAACUUCAAACUGGGGACAAUAGGGCUGACUGAAUUUACAAACCUCCAAAGUUUGAAGUUCAGUGAAGAUACCUGUACAUAACUGUACAUAACUGUGUAUCCUCUGAUCUGUGUGUGUGUGUGUGUGUGUGUGUGUGUGUGUGCGUGUGUGUGUGUGCGUGUGUGUGUGCCCCCUGUCUCUCCGUCCGUCUGCGAUCAUCACCCUGGCACUUCCCAACCAGCAGCAUGUAGAAUUAAAACCGGGCCUCGUGUGGUGGUUUUGCCGCCGACGUGGACGAAGCCUAGGAGUUAUAAAAGCUGUGGGACGAUCAGGCCACCAGGGAUGAAUUUGAAUUCAGAGUGUUUUGCCAAAAUCGCACAAAAAAAAAACAACUAAAUCUGUCAACAACUUUCUGCUUCCGCCUCCAGAACAAUUGGGUGGAAUCAAAAUAUGACAUUUAAGAAAAGACAAAAUAUCCUCAGCAGCCGAUCCUAACGGUGUCCCGGUUACGUAACCUCACUGAGCACAUGCAUUGGUACAACCUUUUCUUCUCAGUUGGCAGUGAGAAAAUUCAUUUUUGUUUGUUUUUCGAACCAUGUACGACUAAAUUUGACAUGAAUACAGGAUGCCGAUCCAUAUGUUGCCAUCAAGUAGGAGGGGCACAGAUGUGUCCGUUGGGUGGAGGUGUGCCGUGAAUACCCUCAGAUGAAAUCUGUCCCAGCUUGAAUUUAAAGGAGCAUUUCACCAUUUUGGGAAAUGCGAUUGUUCACUUCUCUCGAUAAUGAUGACUUCCACAUCAUCGCCUCAGCUCGUCCGUCCGCCGACGGGACGCCGGCUUGUUUGUUACGGUGGCUGUUCAGAUGUUAAUGUUUCGCUGUCAAGUCGUUGGCCGCUGCGAGGAAGGCGCCUCCUACUGCAGCGAGUGAAACAGGUGGUCGGAGCUCAGAGCUGUGGGAAAGCGUUGUUUCAGUCAUACUGUUUCCUUUAUGAAUUAUUUUGGGGAGGUUGUGUGUGUGUGUGUGUGUGUGUGUGUGUGUGUGUGUGUGGGAGAGAUUAACGGUGUGAUGCCACAGCGUGUGCCGUAGUGUACUGAUGGUGACUGAAGGCCUGUGUGUGUGUGUGUGUGUGUGUGUGUGUGUGCUCCAAGAGUGGAGUUAACUUCUGAUCACAGGUUUCUACCUUAGUGAUUUCAAUAAGGGCUACUUCUGCGUCUCUACAUCUUUUGUAAACCAUCUCAUUUCUAUUUCAAAAAGCAAAAACAACAAUCAGUAUGAGUUAAGUCCAUAUUCUUAGAUUAAAAGUAAUAAAUAGCUGUGCUUAUAUUUCAAUUAGAAGAAAAAGAACAUCAAUCCACCGUUCUGUCUGCUCGCGCGCGUCAUGUCAUCAUUUCGCACUAUUAGACAACUCUCCGUCGUACAGUGUGCUCCCCAGCUGGAUUUAUGAAUAUGCAGGAGAUGUGCAUUUGCCACCGGGAGGUCUCCAGCGGUGCCUCGUGAGGGGGAGGGGCCUGCACCGAGGAGCUCCUCAAGGCCUGCCGCCUUCACAGCGAGAUGUGGGACGGAUCCCUGCAAUGAAAACUCCCCGUGAGGCUCAUGAUCAGAUGACGGGACGACCCCCCCCCCCCCCCCCCCCCCCCCAUUUCUGCCUCAUUUGAGGUCAUGAAAUGUAAAUAUGACAUAUGCACUCAUUAGCUUGUUCUAUAAUUAAUUCUCUCUCUUUUCCUUUGUCCUGCACUAACUGGCGAGGAUAACUUAUAUGCCAGGAUAAACAUCCUGGCAUUCAAAUGUCAUAGCUGUUUCGCACGCUGGCAUUUAGGUUUCAGCUAAAUGGUACAUGCUUUAUUAAAAUAGCAGAUAUCCUGAAGCUCUGGAUGGUUCCUCCACGUACAGUAGCUCCGGCGUGUAGCUGCGCAUCGCUGACGGAAGAAGCGUUCAGGUCCUCAGUUAAGUUAAAUUGAAAAAAAAAAAUCACACAUUUUCCAAAAGGUCCUGCGAAGUUUUAACUCGACAGAUUUGUCAAGGCUGAGAAAAUCACACUCGCGGCAGCAAGGGAAGUUUUGAGCCCCUGCAAACAGUCUGCACGCCACGAGGGAAGAAACAAAAGAAAGUUUCUCAUGGGAACUUAUUUAUUGUUUCUUCCAUUGCUCACAAUAGGAUUAAAAAAAAAAGAAUUCAAAAACUUUAUAGGAUUUUUAAAAGCCUGAAUCCUGUGAAUGGACUUCAAUUCGUGAUAUUUCGUCCUUUGCUGCAUAAAUAUUCUCCGUACCUUUUUGUCUAAUUUGACUCCCACACAACAUUUUAGAAGUGCAGAAUGAGGAAUAUCUGUUGCUUCCCUCUGAUUAUUAUAUCAUAAACUGAACAUCUUUGAGGUUUGGUUGGUUCGACAGGACAAGACAUGACGCGGAGAUGAAGUUGGCCGACUUCAUCUCGAGGUGAAUUUUUGAUUCCUCUCCCAAUUUUCUGGCAAUUUAUUGAGAAAUCAAACCGUAAGUGAUUGUCACUCUUUCCAAACUCUCUACAGAAGCACGGGUAUGAAGGAAGUGAAACAUCUAAGUAAUAAGUACAGCGCUUGUUCGUUUCGUUCCGCCACUGUCACAUGGACGGCCCCAUAUUUUUUCAUCUACCCGAGCAGCUUGGACGGGAACUCGGGCGUCCCACCAAUCCGUCGCGCCGAUAAGUGGAGAGCCGCGUCUGUCCGACAUCUGUCUCGCAUCUCAGCGGCAGUUAAGAGCCUCUCGGAAUAUCGGAUUAAUCUUUCGCUAAAGCUGUCGUUUGAGUGAUACCAGCAGCGGAGUGAGUGGCUCGAGGCGGUGGUCCAGCGGGGGGGGGUCCCGGGUCUGAGCAGCUGCCUGGGUGUCUGACGAGAAGGUGAUGGCAGUUUAUCACCUGCUGGGAGAAGGGGGGACGUGGCGUGUUUAUCUCCGCGCCGUUCACUUUCAGCAACAGGAGCAAAGUUCCCGUCGAGCCCUUUCCCUCUUGAGAGAGAGACGAGAACAAAACGUUUGUUCGUGUAUCAGGUGUUUCUCUCGUGGCGCAAGGGGGUGGGGGGUGGGGGGGGGCUUAGAGAGUGGCUGUCACAUGCAUGCGAGGGAGGAAGCCGGCUGAUGGGAGCCCCAAGGUGAACACUUUGUACAUGUGAAACAGAUAAGCUUGUCUUUGUAGUCAUGGUUACCGGGGGGGAUGAUGGAGGAGCUACAGGAUCCUGCUCUUUGCGCGUGCACCAUGUUUGGAGAAGUCACAGCCGCUCGGCGAAGGUCAGCCUAGGGGCCCCGAGCGUCCCAGACCAAACCUGCCGCCGGGUCGUGGACACAGCGUGGCGCCGUUUCUCUCACCGCAUCUCAUCUUCCACGGCUCUCCUUUGUUUACACGCGAUCACAAAACCUGUGCGCGUCGUGUUCCUUCCGUCCGUCCGUCCGUCCCGGGCGACCACCGUCUCCAUCGCGUGACUCCACGCGGUCACCACGUGCCGUCAGAGCUAGCUGGGCUCCCUCUUCACACGGCUUACGUCAAAGGGCUAUACGCUCCUUCUACGGAGUUACACACGCAUGACGCGUGAACGUUGAAUCAGAGACUCGCCUCGAAAAAGGAAUUCAAGGUUUUUUCUCUCUCCGGGCUUCUCUCUCUCUCGCUGAGAAGGAUCCCAACAAAUCUUGAGAACGCAGCAGCCGAGUAGACGCUGUGGGGCGGAAAAGUAUAUAGAUAUAGAUAUAUAUAUAGAUAUAUAUCUAUAUAUAUACACAGUAUAUCGCCAGAUUGUACAGAGCAAUUUGCAGUGCCUUACUUAGUGACAUAAACAAAUUGCUCUUUUAUCCUCCAACCCCCUGUCCCAACUUUAGUGUGUGUGUGUGUGUGUGUGUGUGUGUGUGUGUGUGUGUGUGUGUGCGUGCGACACAGCCUUUCCAAGUUGCUCUUUUCUUUCUUUCGUUCGUUCUUUCUUUUUUUUUGUCAAAGAUAAUGCGCUUUCCUCAGCUCUCGGCUCCUAAUGUCCAUCUUAACAGCCACCGCCUGAUUGCAGAAGUAAUAAAAGUUUGGACCGAACGAUGCACAAUCAUCGUCUCUGCGCCCUUUUUUUUUUCUCUCUCUCUCUCAAUUUCUCAAAAACUGUACAGUCACAGUUUUUAAAGAUCCGACAGAAACGGCGUUGCACUAUUUUUUUUCCUUCUUCUUCUCACAAAUGUGUAUGUGUGACGUUUGUGUGUGUGUGUGUGUGUGUGUUUUCAUAUUCAUCAUAUGGGAAAUUGUGCUAUUCCCUGAAAACCUUCUGUCAUUAUAUUGAGAUCAGUCCCAUCAUUUGUGUGUGUGCGUGCGUGCGUGCGUCUUGCUGUGUUUUUUUCAAUGGCAUCCUCAGCGUGAAGACAUCAUGAAACUAUUGCUAUUGUUGCACACAUCAGGGGAAGAUGCACACACACACACACACACACACACACGUGUUCCGACUGUCUGUGUUUCUCUCCGUCAUCAUCGCUCCUCUCCUCUUUUCGGAAAAAAAAAAUCUCUUUCUUUAGCGACAAGCUUCCAAAGACUCACUCUCACAAGACACUGCGGCCUUGCGUGCCACAUGGUUUUCAUACAAAUACGUUAUUAUUAUUAUAUUGUACAUUUUUUUUUAUAAAAAUCUGUUUGUUUUCUUUCCUCUCUAUCAUUGUAUAAAGUACAAAUGUAUGAUUAUAAAUCAGAAUAUUAUCAGUGUACAGCCAGAGAGUUUUCCUUUUUGGGGGGGGGGGGGGGGGAUUU